AUGAAGUUCAGAUUAACACCCCAAAUUCAACACCAUGUCGUGAAAGCAUUAGAUCAUCCAGAGUUUUCUAUUGUCUAUGAACAAGAAGCAAAAGAGAUUAAAGUGAUCGAUUUAGAAAAAGAUACACUUUAUCCAGUCUCGAUGGAUCUGAUUGAACAUGUUGCUCCAUUGACAGGCGCGUAUUUUCAUGAGCUCAUAUCGGGUUCGAGUCUCUACUUUAAGCCAAAAGAGACAAAGCCACAGGAUCCUGCAUUUGUUGCUUAUAUGGAAACCUUACGCGCUCAACAGAAAGAACGUGAAUAUAAACAGAUGGUAUCGAAUGUCAUUAGCUCACAAGAUCAAAAGCUGAAUCUUGGUAUUAAACCCGAUGAAAUUAAAGAGAUCAAAAGUCAUAUUGUCACUAUCUUUAACAUCAUGUUCUCCAUGGCUGCUGUCUACAUAGCCGUCUAUAAAGCUUCUCAGACCAUAACGCAAGAUAUAGGCCUUGUAAGUCAUUCAACAUCGAUCGUCUUUACUGAAUGA